CCAGUCACCAGUCCAAAUUUCCCCAAAUCUUCCACCUCAUCCUCUUCGAGCUCCUCCCAUCGUCAGCAAUGUCGGGCCGCGGCAAGGGAGGGAAGGGGCUGGGCAAGGGCGGCGCCAAGCGCCACCGGAAGGUCCUGCGCGACAACAUCCAGGGCAUCACCAAGCCGGCCAUCCGCCGCCUCGCUCGCCGUGGCGGCGUCAAGCGCAUCUCCGGCCUCAUCUACGAGGAGACCCGCGGCGUGCUCAAGAUCUUCCUCGAGAACGUCAUCCGCGACGCCGUCACCUACACCGAGCACGCGCGCCGCAAAACCGUCACCGCCAUGGACGUCGUCUACGCGCUCAAGCGCCAGGGACGCACCCUCUACGGCUUCGGAGGCUGAGCCCUCAAGAUUCGUAGGGUGUUCUCUUGG